GGCACAGUGCUCUGCUGCUCUCUCGAUCUCCUUUGCUUUGCGAUCAUGUCAGCUUCUUGGCACGCUCUCACCGGCCUCGGAGCUCUCUCCGUAACCGUAAAACAGCGCCGUCUAAUUCCUUCACCACCAUCAGUUGCUCACUGCUCUCUCGCCAGCUUCCAGGAACUGUCGACGGAGCCUCCGCGAAUCCAAACCACCGGCGCCGCUAUAAGCUUGAAAGACGCCCGCAAGACCGAGAAGCAAAACGACGUCGUUCCCGAUCAUAACCAAGGCGAAGAAGAAGAAGAAGACCAUGGAAUUUCCAAAAUCCCGGUCCCCAGGCAGAAGUACAUCCCCGUUCCCAAGGCCGAGCUUCUCGACGGCGUCGUUUCGAACUUGUUCAAGGACAGCAACGGCGAAGACGACGAUGAAUUGCAGAGCUUUCUGCUUCUCUCUUCGUGCUUGGACUCCAUUCUUCACGCCGAGCACAAGGGAAUCUUGGAAGAAAUGCGAGCUGAUUAUUUCAAAUCGAAUUCCGCGGAGAACAAGCAAAAUGGUGAUUUGGUUGAUGGGCAGAGCUCGGAUUCUGCUAAUGGGAGUGUCAUCAAUGGAGUUGAGAGCAUUGAGGCAAAUGAGGAUGAAAAAAAUGAAGGUGGAAACGCAAUGCCGCAGUUAGAUUAUGUUUUGGAGUUGCGAAAACUCUUGGGUUCUCCGGCUAAGAACGUUGAGAGAGUUGCUGUUUCCACUCGUUUCCAGCGUUCUUUCAUGCAACUUCUUAAUGAUGCUCAGUUUGAAGAACUAUCCGAAAGGGAUUUAAUGCUGACUUCUGCAUUGAACACAGAUUAUCUCCUUACUUUGCCCAUAUAUGUCGACUGGAAGAAGGCAUCUGAGUCCAAUGCAAUUAUAUUCAGGCGAGGAUAUGCAACAGAGAGGGGGAGAAGGGUCUACUACUUGUAGAAAAACUGGAGUACAUACAGUCCAAAAUUCUACAGGGAACCUUCUUCAUCGUAUCAAAACCGUUGGCGAAAUUUGGGAGCUGGAUAGUUGAGGCAUUCCAAGUUGCUUGCGAAACACCAGAAGUACAAGACUUGACUAAAAGAAUGAAGCUUUGGAUUAAGGAAUUGUCUGUUUUCCAGCAAGCAUUUCGUUAUAGCGAACAAACUUUUGAUGAUCUACUGGGAGUAGAGCAACUAUCAAAUAAAGACCUCCCAAUUUGGCUGGCGGCACAGAGGGCAGUAUCUCGUUAUGAAGGACGUUUAUCUUCAGUUGGACCCCGUGGAAGGCUCCUAAAGAAGUUGCUUUCAUGGAUUGGACUUAUUUCCCCUACACCAGAAACACCAUUUGAGUUGGAUGGCGAUACUAAUGAUUCUGACCCUUAU